GCAGGCAUGGUGGCCAGCAGCCAAAGCCGCAGCAUCGGCAAAUCCCAGGCCUUGGGUGGCGGAGGAAGUGCCGUGACGAUGGCUCAAAACUCGGCCACCAGGAGAGCGCUCGCAGCCUCCGUGACGAGGGCGGCCCUGGAGCGGGCGCGACUCGAGCGAGACCCACCCAUGAGCGCCUACGAGACGCGGCAGAAGGAAGCCAGAGCAGGAUUGAAUCAGCUUGGGUUGUCCUCGUUCCCGAGGGAGGAGAAGGGUGGCUGGGGCUGGUGCGUCCAGGGGCGCCCGCCCAUGGAGCUCUCAGUACUCAAGAAGUCCCUCAGUGCCGCGGACGUUCGAUCAGAGCUGGGAACCGACUUAGGUGUCUCCACCGAGGAGGCCCAAACGGAGCUCCAGCAAGAGGGUCCACUGGACGAAGCAGAGAAGCCGUUCUACGGCGAGGCCCGGGCCUAUGGGGACGAAGUGUGGGAUGGCCGAAUGCGGGGAGGAGAACUCGCAAGGAAUGGCUGGGCCGGCACCUUCCCGCUUACGCAUCAGAGGGGUUGCAUGCCCUGGGCCGGCUGA